CUUACAAUCAUGCGCCAGUCACCGCCGAAACGGCUGCGCGUGCGACCGUGCGCACCUAUGUCGACGAUCCACUCCACUCGAAUUCGGACAAUUUUGAAAUCGUGACAUAGUGUUGUGAUCUUGGAUGUGAUUGUGAUAACUUAUCAAUAAAUUCGUAUCUUAUUUUAUCUAGUGCAAAAAUUGCUCAGUGUAGUGCAGUGAAACCAUGUGAACUGUGCAUUACUGGCGCUGGACUGCAUUCACCUCUUUAUGUAGUAUCACAAUGGGAUGGAAGCGAUGACCCUUUCGGCGCUGGUCGCUCUCGCGUUGGUGGUGCUGGCGAAGUCGUCGCGUGCGCAGCUCCGGCCUGCAGACGCACCCGCCCUCAACGACACACGAUGCGGUGCAGAAUGCGUGCGUUGCGCUGCGGAUGGCUGUGUGAAGUGCGCGCGCCUGCUCAUCUGGCCUGGCGGGACUUGCGUGCACGACUGUCCUACGGGCACCAGGGAGUCCUGGGCCCACGAUGACCACCUCAUGGGCAGGGUCUGCUAUCCCGCUCAUACCUACAAUGAGGUUUUGGUGGGCGGUGCUUGCGGUGCCGUGGCUUGCCUCGCUUUGGUGGCGGCGGGAGCGACGUACGCGUGUUGUCGCAAUAACGCGCGUGCGCGGGCGCAGCCCCUACCGCAGCGGACGCACCACGACGACGACACCCGCCUUAGGGAGUUCCAUAAGCAGCUGGACUGCUUGCGACCUCACGCCUACACACUGCUGGCGAUACUGAAUCACACCCGGAACCAGGUGCGGGAGCUAUACCAAUUAGGCAACAACGACGCUGCUAUGGCUUACAGCUGUGUGCUGAGUGACCUGGCCAAGCUGCUAAUCCUGCUAAACAAGCAGCAGGUGCCCGUGGUCCCGGACGAAUGGCCACGUCUCGCCAGCUGGGCUGAACGAAUACUGAAACGGUAUAGCCGCACAGACAUGUCCCAGCAACAGCAAGAAGGUCAACUGGUCAACUUCCUUAACUCGCCAAGUCAAGGUUCCGACUCAGAAGGGACUCAGCAGUCCUUUUCCACAUUCAAACCACCCUCAUACUCUCCCACUUCUUACGAUAGCAAUUUAUACAAAGAAUCGGAGAGCCAAUGUGAAUGGAGUGACGGGAGACCCCCAAGUUACUCCCAUAUAGAGAGGGAGCGAGAAAGGGAGAGAGAAACUAUAGUUCUCUCAGAUCCUUGGGAGAGACGACCGAUAGUAAGGAGGGAAAGCGUAUGGCUUGAAGAUGAACUUUUUGAGAUGACGAGGCGACCGCAGGACGAACUCACUACCGAACUUUAGGAUAAAAGAAAGAAGAUUUAGACCCAAAAAUGUGAACUAAGUAUUUGUAUCUAUACUAGAUCUUGUCUGUAUUACCAUGCUAUUUUUGUACGGUAAGUAUAAAAUAAAGUACCUAUAUUAUUCUCAGCUUAAAUGAAAAUCGAAUUAUAGAAACAACGGUGCUACUUAUAAAUUAUUAAAAGUCUUUAUAGCAAUACAAAAUCAACAUGUUCACUUUAUUGUUACAGCUAUAAUUUAACAAUAUAAUUAAUUAAUAACAUAGGAUGUAAGUAUUUGUCAAGGUAAGUGUAGGUAGGUAGUAUGUAAAUUAAAAAAAUAUUAAAUAAGAUAUAUCUAAUUAAGAUUAUUUAAUAUCUUUAAUACCAUUCCGUACCUGUUAUAUGAAGUAGAAAAUUUCUUAAAAUAUUAAUUUUGAAUAAUAAAACGAUAAGU